CCUGAGCACUUUCUCUCAAGGAUAUGAUAUGAACGCUAGUGCAAAUGGUCGGCUGCUCUCUGCUGCUACUAUUCUGUUCUUUUUUUAUUUUAUAUUAUUUUCAUUUCCUCUCCCUUGGAGCCUCUCCUUCCCAUCACAAGACAUGCUAAAGGGGGAUCAGCGACACCUAAACUCAUGGGUUAACUACAGCCUUCAAGCCGGUGACUGAGAUAGGAGCAAGACAGACACCUGCACAAGAGAAAAGGAUGGCAGAGACAGAAAGGGAAAAAACGACCUACGCUGCAAGUUUUAAAAUCACCAUCAGCGUCUCAAGACUACUUCUCAUCUCUGUGGAAAUGUGAGGGAGGAAGAAACCAGAGUGAGUGAGCAUGGCUGCCUUGAAACAUCCGAUUACCUUUUACCUUCAUGCACUGUGAAGCUUUUUUCUGCUUUUUUGAUGUUGUUUUUAAUUUGUUGUCAACCUCAAUGUUUUUGCUCAAGAGAUAUGAGAAAAACUAAAAGACGUCAGCAACUUUAGGUGCCCCAAGAAUUAAAUGCCUUUGAGUAGUGCAAACACUUUGUGAACAAAGCUCUGAUGUGGAACUUCAUUACUGAAGUCAAUUUCGUAUUAAUCUCUUUAAGACAAUGUACCAAACUGUUGAUCCCUGGUAUUGAUCAUUUUAAAUAUACAUUUUCAAAAAUAUAAAAAAAUAACUAGGAACACCUGAUGACCAGAAGAAAACUUGCAUGUUAUUAAUUUUCUUUUUGUUAUACACCCUUAGAAUUUGGUGCUGGAAGCCUGAACCACUUAACCAUUUUAAUUCAGAAAAUGCCCUCUUCAGACUAGUAAUUUAUUUCAAUUUCUUCUGUCCUCUUCACCUUUUCCUUCUUUAUCAUCCACUCCAUUAUCUUUUAUUUUUUAAAAAUUAGUCCACAUGUUUUUGUCACCCUAUAACCUAUAAGAAGUACACCACAGCUGUGAAAAGAAAUUCAACAUGGCUGCAGGUGUGGCAACAUGGCUGCCUUUUGCACGGGCAGCAGCUGUGGGUUGGCUUCCUCUAGCCAAGAAAUCCAUGCCUAAACCUCCCAGUGACAAUAAAAGUCGCAAUGAUGAGAUCCUUAUUGUUAAUGUUAGCGGGCAGCGUUUCCAGACAUGGAAAAACACUCUAGAUCGCUAUCCAGAUACUCUCCUAGGAAGCUCUGAAAAGGAAUUUUUCUAUAAUGAAGAAACGCAAGAAUAUUUUUUCGACCGAGACCCAGAGAUGUUUCGACACAUCCUUAACUUUUACCGCACUGGGAAGCUUCACUACCCUCGGCAUGAGUGCAUUCAAGCUUUCGACGAGGAACUUGCCUUUUAUGGGAUAAUCCCAGAAAUCAUUGGUGACUGCUGCAUGGAGGAAUACCGGGAUCGCAAGAAGGAAAACUUGGAACGUUUGGCAGAAGACACAGAAGCGGAGAUGGCUACAGAUGCACCACUUCCUCCAGAUAGCACAUCCCGGGAGCGGCUCUGGAGAGCCUUUGAGAAUCCUCACACAAGCACCAUGGCCCUGGUUUUCUAUUAUGUCACAGGAUUCUUCAUUGCGGUUUCAGUAAUUGCCAAUGUAGUGGAAACUGUCCCCUGCAGACCACCCAAAGGAAGAGUGAAAGACUUGCCCUGUGGUGAGAAAUACUCCCUAGCUUUUUUUUGCAUGGACACUGCCUGUGUCAUGAUUUUCACCUUUGAGUAUCUAAUGAGACUUUAUGCUGCUCCUAGCAGGUGUAAGUUCAUGCGAUCUGUGAUGAGCAUUAUAGAUGUGGUGGCCAUCAUGCCUUAUUACAUUGGUUUGGUGAUGCCAGAGAAUGAGGAUGUCAGUGGGGCCUUCGUCACUCUUCGUGUGUUCAGAGUUUUUCGGAUUUUCAAGUUCUCCCGGCAUUCCCAAGGGCUACGGAUCCUUGGGUACACUCUAAAAAGUUGUGCUUCUGAGCUGGGUUUUCUUCUCUUCUCUCUUACUAUGGCCAUCAUCAUAUUUGCCACUGUCAUGUUCUACGCUGAGAAAGGCACCAAAGAGACAAACUUUACCAGCAUUCCUGCAGCCUUCUGGUACACCAUAGUCACCAUGACAACAUUGGGUUAUGGAGAUAUGGUUCCUAACACUAUUGCUGGUAAGAUCUUCGGAUCCAUCUGCUCUCUGAGUGGUGUUCUGGUUAUCGCUCUGCCUGUUCCAGUUAUUGUGUCCAACUUUAGCCGUAUUUACCAUCAAAAUCAGAGAGCAGACAAGCGACGAGCACAGCAGAAAAUUCGUCUAGCGAGAAUCCGCCUGGCAAAGAGUGGGACUACGAACGCCUUCCUACAGUACAAAGAACACGGGGGGCUAGAGCAGGACCGACACAGUGGGAGCCAGGCUUUGUGUGUGAGGAACCGGUCAUCCUUCGAACAGCAGCAUCAUCAUCUUCUUCACUGUCUGGAGAAGACCACAAACCAUGAAUUCACAGAUGAGCACACUUACAGCGAGGUAUGCAUGGCUGAGUCAGUAGGAUAUCGGACAAGCCGCAGCACCUCCAUCUCCAGCCAUCAAGGGCUAUCAACAUCCUGUUGUCCACGCAGAGCUAAGAGGAGAGCCAUCCGUCUUGCCAAUUCAACAGUAUCUGUUAGUCGGGGAAGUGUACAGGAGCUCGACACACUUCAUAUACAAAAGAGCUCCAUUGUUCCACAAAGCCGCUCAAGCCUGAAUGCCAGGACUCAAGACCUAAAGCUAAACUGUGAUGACACGGAUUUCACAGCAGCCAUCAUAAGCAUUCCCACACCUCCAGCUAACACUCCUGAUGAAAGCCUUCCAUCGUCGCCUGGCAUCCCUAGCAUACUUCGUAACUCACGCCAGCUGGGGGACUGCUCUGGCUCCUUUACUCAUGAAACAGUGAAAAUCUCCUCUUUGUAACAGAAGCCAAGCACUCCGGUGUGAGAACUGAAAACCACAGAACACAUGUCUGCUAUGCAAGAGAGAACAAUGUUGAUCAUCACUCUGAAAAGCAAAGUCAGCGAACAUAUGCUUUGCAAUUUAUACACAUACAUAUAUAUAUAUAUAUAUAUAUAUAUAUAUAUAUAUAUAUAUAUAUAUAUAUAUAUAUAUAUAUAUAUAUAUAAAAGAAACACCUGGGAUAUCUUGGAGAACAACAUUACCAGGCAAAGUAUAGCAAAUCAAACUUUUUACUGCAGAUACAACUUAGUCUAUACAAUACUAAUAGAAGACCAUAGGUAAUACUGUAGGUCAGGAAUAAAACGUUUACAGUAAGUAUGACUUCCACAAGUUAAACUGUGUCAAUACAGCAAGUUAUGGAAAAGGGAGAUAUUAGUGAAAUAAAAACACAGAAAACAGCAGAAAAGUGGAGCAGACCAAUGUGAAUAUUUAUCAUGUGGAUAAUGAUAAUUCAACUUGUUUAAAAGUGUGGUCAAGAAAAGAAAAAAAAUGCAUCAACAGUAUUUGUGUUGCACACAUUGAAAUAAACAGGAAUUACCAUUUCUUCAUCGGCAAUGAUGGCAAGAGCAACAGGCGAAAAUCACAAGUUUCAGUCACAGUAAAGUAAGCUACUGUAUAUGAAAUAAACAAAAAUAUGGCAGGAAAAGAGUAAAGUAAUGGUUAAGCAUUAGUUUUAGCCAAACAAACUUGUGGGAUGAAAAGUAUUUUAGAUCCUAAUAAGGCAGGCAUUGAGCAGUUUACUUGCCACCUUGCUGACAAACAGUGCAUGUACUCCAGAGCUGGUGGAAUGGCAGAAGACUUCCACUCUUGUGGCCUACUUUGCAUGUUUUAUCUAAAUUUUUGAGGGUACUUGGGGCCUUUUUUAAAGAAAAAAAAGCAAAUUAACUAAAACAAAAUUGCUGCACUUGGACUGUACCAUAGAAAAUAAAUAAACUCCACUUCUAAAAAGAAAACAAAAAUCGUUUUAGCAUGUUCAUGGAAAUUUGAUAUUCGCUAAAGGGAAAAGGAAGUGAAUGAUGGGACUGAAGCUCAAUAUUGAAAUGUAAAACACAGACAUAUGCAUGGAUACCGUUGUAGGUAUUGGGUUUAUACUGAUAUGGUCAAAAGCAGAUAUACACAAGACAAAACAAGUUUUAUUAUCAGAAAGAAUGACAAAGCAAGAAGGGAGAUGGAAAUUCAAGCCUGUGGCCUGAUAACUGUGCCCAGCAAGCCUGGGACAGUCUGGUUAUGUUUGGUGAGAUGGUCUAGGGCAGUACACCUUUUUCCAUUACCCAGGGCAAGACAUAAAUUACAGAUAUCUACACGCGCAUCACUCAAGAUUGCAUUUUUACUUGAUUUGUUUUAAUAUGCCACAAAUCACCUACUACAGCAGAACAUUUAACCUCCUAGGUGAAUUUUCAGCAGUCAGGCAGUUUUAGAGUCGGACUGGUGGUCCGAUGUCUAUUUAAGUACAGUACUACCAAGACAGUAAACCUGUGUACCCUUACAUUGUGCCUAAAAGAGACAACAACUCAGAAUGUUGUAGUCCAGCAACAAGCGUCUCACCGUUUAUAGUGUCACCUUGAGAGGCCGUAAAAAAUGGCAAGAAAAGAUGGCCGGCAAGAUCUUUGUAAAUUAUUAAGUCCUUGAUUCAGCAAACAGAGGUAGUGUGUUGAUUCUCUGACUGCCGACCGCCAUAUUUUUUGAUUGACAUGAGAAAUGGUGGGAUCAGCCAGAGACAUUUUCCUCAGGUGGAAGAUGGCAGGUGUUAUAAAACUAAACUUUUAAUUUUUUUUUAUUGAUUAUUUUUUCUGGAGUGAAAAUGCUGGGAAUUUUUAACAUAUGCUAAAUGAUGUUGCAAGUAUUUGAUUAGUAGAAAAUCUGGAAUACCUGAAUCUCUGGUUUUAUGUUCUCCUCUACAUGAAAAGUAAGAAAUUACUAAUAAAGAUGAUUAUGAAGAGAAUGCAAAAAGAGCAUUUUUCUCUCUGUUUUGCAGUCAGUGAGCAGGUAUUCGAUAUGGUUGUGGUGUGCUUUCUGCUUAGCAUUACAGAGAACAAUUAUGUUCUGUUCAAACAAGCCUACAAAAACAUAAUUAUUUUGGCUGGCUUCUGAGCAUCGAAGGAAUAAACCUAACAGAAACAAGGAGCAAUCGCCAACAGCAGUUGCCGAGGGCCAUCAUUAUAAAAAUGGUUCCCUUGUUAUUUCAGCUGCCGUUGUUGAGCAAGCACUUCAGCCCCAUUAAAAACAGAGCACCCACUUUAUCUUUGUAGUGACAGGUUACUGGAAGGGAAGUGGAGCUUUGAGAUGGAAUCCUUUUGAGUGUCAGUAUAUUUGGGCUGUUCAUAAAUAUUGCAGCCAACUACAUAAAUAUACAGUAUGAUGCAAGAAGGAGAUUGUGGAUUUACUGGAAUUUUUUCUUUAACUGAUCAAUGAGAUGCAUAUAUCCAUGAUGCCCUCAGAGCACCCUCAUGUCACAUUGUCUGCAGUUUUCUUCUUUUAAAAAAACACAAUAGGAUGGGGGAUUAAAAAGGCCUAAAUGAAAUAGCUAUAAGAAGUGAAGGGAUUACCUCAGUAAGAGUGGAUUAGUUUUAUGUGUCCCUUGUCCUUGCAGUGAAGAAAACCAGAAAGAAUAAGCAAAAAAAAAAAAGAAAAAGAUUAGAAAAAGGUUGCUCACGCAGUUCCGUGAUCUGUUUCUAAACUUAAACUGUCUAAACUAUUUCCCCAAAUUCAAAGCACUCUUGCUGUGAUGCCCGUGUUCAUUCAAUUGACUAAGCCUAAGUUUUCUAUUACUUCAAUCAACUGACAUUUUUUUUUAUUUUCACAUAGCUGCACAUCUAUACUGCUGUUUUUUUUUUUUGAAAAGUUAAGUGGUUACAUAAGUGUAGCAUUUAAUAUUGCACCCAAACAACUGAUUAAUGACAAAGAGAAAUUGACGGUUAGGCUUUUAAAAUUAAGCCUGAUACUCAUAGUGGUUUACCUAAUCCCUAUGAUCACCUUAUAUGAACUAUUAAUACCUCAGGGUCAUUAUGAUAUUAUGAUAUGCAUAGAAACAAUGAGUGUUGAGCCAAGCAAAUACUUUGGUGGAAGUCCUCAUGGUAGUCUGCAUGACUGUUGCAGUAGAAAUGGUGGAGAUGGAUUUGCAAGCGGAAUAUAGAAAAUGAAAACAAGUGCUCAGACAGCUAAUCAUGUCAAAUUACCUCUGGCUUCUUAACCGAGGAGAACUUACUACUCUCUCAAUGUUCAGUAGUUAUUCAAUUGUUCUUAUUUUUCUUAGUUUUGUCUGUAACAUUAUUUAAAUAUUCAUAUUCAUAUACACUCUUUGCAUCUCUGAAAAAAAAAUGUCUUGAAUUUCUUGGGUUCUGGACUUGUCUGCGAAAGGAUCAUGGUUGUCCCACAAAGACUCAAACAUUAAUAAAGCCAUCCAACAAUCUA